CUCUUUUAAUUAAAGCAAUGCACCAGGGGAAAUUGCUGUCUGAAUAUUGUCUCAGAGAUGGGGGCCAGUGACAGUUGCCUGGAAACUUCAAUCUGUCCACCCGCGUUUAUUCCAGAUCACAGUUAUGAGAUAAAGUUUAAUAAAAAUCGUUUCCUCCGCCGCCGACGAAAUGAAAUCCAACCCUUUCUGAACAAGUGAACACAAUGAGACAGGACUGCGGAGGAAACCUCAUGUUCAGCAUGUAUCUCUCAGAUCCAACAGAAACUCUGUUGAAAGAAAGCAAAGGGACAUCAUGGGGUCCAAUAAACACAGGAGUACAAAAAGGCAGCGGGCAGAUCCAGCUGUGGCAGUUCCUGCUGGAGCUGCUCUCCGACAGCACCAACAUGUCGUGCAUCGCCUGGGAGGGAACCAACGGCGAGUUCAAGCUCAUCGACCCGGACGAGGUGGCGCGGCGCUGGGGGGAGCGCAAGAGCAAACCCAACAUGAACUACGACAAGCUGAGCCGUGCGCUGCGCUACUACUACGACAAGAACAUCAUGACCAAAGUGCACGGCAAGCGGUACGCGUACAAGUUCGACUUCCACGGCCUGGCGCAGGUGUGCCAGCCCUCCACCACGGAGCAGGCCAUCUACAAGUUCCAGGGCAACUUCUCCCCGAUCCCCUUCUCCGGGAUUUCCAAACUGAACCUCAUGGCUCCCGGCGUGGGGCCGUCGGGUUUCUCCUACUGGCCCGGCUCCCCGACCACGGCCCUGUACCACAGCCACAACCUGCAGCCCCCGGGGCCCUUCGGCACCGUGUCCCCGUCCCACAUCAGCUGCGUCAACAACAUCAACAGCCUGAGUAACAUCAACAACCACUACAACUGACGUUUACUGCGCCUUCUAGACUCACUGGAAGGAUACCGACGGCACGAGUGACGCGCAGCAGCGAACGAGAGAGGGGGGGUGUGCAGGAAGACUGCAGGUGAAAAUAUGAUGUGGGCGAAAUACAUUUGGUUUUUAAAAAGGACACGCGUGGGCUGUUUUUAAAGGUGUGAUUUUGGCCAAUAGACGAUGCAGUUGUGUGUUAUCAUGAAAAUUAGACAGGAAAUAUUCUCACCCAAUUUUAAUCUAUACAGGCCAAACUGGGCCAACACAAAUUCUCCCCGACUAACCAGUAAAAUCCAUCAAGGAGGCGCCUAAAUUACGCGUCUUAAUUUAAUAAUUACAUUAAUUAAUUGGAUUUUUAAUCCAUAAACAGCCCACGUGUUGGAUUUUUUCCAAUUUCAUCCAAAAUCUGUGAAAUGUAAUCGUGGAUAAAUAAAUGUUUUCGUGUGGAAGAGCAGUUUUUCCAAAUGAACAAAUGACAGAACAUUAUUUAAGAGGGUAGUUAAAUUUAUAUUAGUUCUUCUUCUCCUUUUCGGUUCCUUUGCUCCGUCUCUUUCCUUCUUUGAGGUCCGGGUCUGUUUUUCUCUACAGAUGAUUGUGGGAGCAAAACAUAUCAGCUAUUCCUGGACUACUGGCGCCAUCGUGUGGUUUCAUGAAAUAACCAAACGCUUGCUGGACUUAAUAAUUUUCACUUUUACUAAAUCUCACCACCACCACCACCACUGUUAUCAUCUUAACCAGUCGACUCCACAAUAUAUUGUUUCUUUAAUACAGAAAUUAGAUCACAAAUCCAACUUCACUCACUUGCAAUAAAAAUAAAAGGCCUUCACAGGUGUAGAGUCGUAAUUUGUGUGACAAAAGUGACUAGUAAGAGAAACUGUGAAUCCUCUGUACAUACUGUCGGGUGCGGACAGGCUCAGGCGGUCGCUGCUUUCUAGUGAUUUUGAAGUGAAUUCCAGUGCAUCCAUUGUCAUGAGCUCCUUCUGUAGCUAUAGAGCAACUGUACCAAUGAAAAACAAAUGAAGUGAAUAAAGAUAGAUUGUUAUGA